AUCAUUACGUUUCAAGCUGACAUCCCAUUCCUACUUUGUAUAUCAUCGUCUUCACACAAACAAAUGGUCACUGUUUACAAUCCGUAUGAUUUUGUGGUGAGUUUCAAAGUGCUAUGCAAUGCACCACACAAGUACCGGAUUGUUGAUCCUGAAGGAUCCAUUAAACCUAAUUGUUGUGUAGAUAUAGUUACACGUCAUAUUUCUAUAUUGCCAACCUGCUACCAUGUUAAAGACAAGUUCAGGAUUCAAAUGAAUUAUCACAUUAGCAGGCAAUUGUUAGGGAAAAAGGAUCUAUCAGUUACUUUAUUACCAGGAAAAUCCUCAGGAAUCUCAGAAUCUACUGCUACUAGUCAGGAUACAUACAAGCAAUUCUCCACAGAGCUGACUGCAACCUCUUCUGGUGAUUCAAGUGCACCAAUCAUGCAAAUCCAGGCUUAUUCUGAAAACCUUGCAAAACUAGGUUAUCAAACUGCUGGGCAAAACUAUAUUGCUAUUGUGGUAGCAAUUAUUUGUAUUAUAGCUCUAAUGUUGCCUUCUGAUGAGUCUGAAAGCAGCCCAUCAUCAUCUCUGUGAUCCUUGUUCCAUUUGUCUUCUCAGCAGAAAUUGGUAUUUGCCUAUUCUCUUGGUCUGGUUACAAUGGUCAUAUUUCGAGUAUAAGCCUUUCUCCUAUAGGAAAUUACGGGAAAUGCAAAGAAUUGGCAACUUUGUAUUCGCCUACAAAAUGCGAGAAUAUCGUUGAGAUUUCUUAAUGUCGGAUUUAUAAAAAAAGAACAUUUAGAUAAUUUAUAAAGUAAUCUGAACACGGCUGUUCUCUUGAUUGACACAUGCAAAUGAACACGAAACUCGCAUUUGUUAAAAUGGAAUGUCAUGUCCGCGAUUGCAGACAAAACUCUAACCACCCUGUAAUAUUCCCAAUGAAUUGCAAUAAAAAACAAUUAUUAUUUUACACAAACCAAGAGGGUUAUUUGUAUUUGUGGUUUGUGACAAUCUUACCCCAAUUACAAACUCCCAUCCAGUGCCGACAGGUCAAGAUGCAGUUAUUCCUCUUUGGAUACAAAUGGAAUCUACAAAUAUUUUCUUUACUGUAAGUAUGGAACCCGGUUAUGUUGCUCCAGGGCGGCCUAUCAGUGGGCAAGCCACGAGCUGAAAAUCCAGCCUGUAAGUAUACAACAACAGGAGUUAACUCAAAUUUUCUCUGGCAGUAGGUAUGUAAACAAGUGUAUCGAAGUGAUCUGGGAAAUUUUCUUGACAGAAUAACC